CGAGAGAGCAUCUCAACACGUCUUACCACAACAAAAACAGCGGUAGUUUUGCCCGGAAUUUGGUCCGACAUCAACCACUACCCCAGAGUGUGUUACCCCAAUUAAUGUUGUGGCUGAUUGGUGUAUAUAUUUGUUUAUUUAUUUACUAGUUAUUACAUCUACAAUUUACCAGAAAUCUCAUUCAUACUGCCCUCAUUAUCUGUAUAGGUUAGGUCAUUUUUCUUUUUGUAUGUAAAACUACUGAGCUGGAGGGAGGAGACUUCAACAAUGGAAGGAUAUGAUGAUGGACUCCAGAGGCUUUGUUGAUUUCCUCCUUAACUUACCUCAUUACAUACAAUAUGUAGAAUAACCUAUAUUUUCAACUAAGGAGCUUUAAUGUAGUUCUCAUGUUGACUUUCCAAAGUAUACCAACUAAAUGCAAACCUGUUCAGCACAGUCAGAGAGCAGCAAACAGCCUCUGUGCAGAUUCACAUUUUUCAGAAGUAAACUAAAAACAAUACAAGGAAAUAGGAAGCCCCCCGUGCACAGGCUAGGGGCUUCCAGAAGCUUCCCAGACAACUAACGUGAAUGUGUAGCUUGUCUAAGUUCACAACUCAGGUCUGGAAGAACACAUUUUGUCACCUGGGACCUGGAAAAGUGGAAUCCAAAGAAAUGGCUGAAGCUAUUCCGCUCCGAGAAAAGAAGCAGAGAACUCUACCUCGGUCUGAUGGGUGUGGUCUGAAUAACUUUGAUGCUCUGGACUUGUCUGGAGGGUUGAGGAUUGUCCUGGUGGGCAAGACGGGUUCAGGGAAGAGCGCAACAGGGAACACCAUCCUCGGGAGAGCAGCCUUCAAAGAGGACCCGAGCCCUGUGUCUGUGACCAAGCACUGUGAGACGCAGAGCGGGGAGGUGGACGGGACCCUGGUCCAGGUGAUCGACACUCCAGGUCUGUUCGAUACGGGCAUCUCAGAGGAGGAGCUAAAAACCAGAAUAGAGGAGUGUGUCAAGAUGUCGGUGCCCGGCCCUCACGCCUUCCUACUCGUGAUCAGGCUUGGCGUGAGGUUCACAGAGGAGGAGAGAAACGCGGUGAAGUGGAUCCAGGACAACUUCGGAGACGAUGCCUCCAUGUACACUAUCAUGCUGUUUACGUGCAAAGAUCAAGCUAAAGCUGACAAUGCCCUGAAGGAGUGCAAGGAGCUGCGGAGACUCUCCAUCACAUUUGGACGCAGGUACCACGCGUUCAACAACAACGACGCGGAAGACCGCGUGCAGGUCACCGAGCUGGUCACCAUGAUCAAAGAAAUGGUACAGGAUAACGGGGGCAAACACUACACCAACGAGAUGUAUGAGAAAGCACAAAGGAAGCUGAGGGAGGAGGAGGAGCGCAAGAAACAAGAGGAGGAAGAGAAGAAACAAGAGGAGAAGAAAAUGUGGGAUGCGGAGAGGGAGAAGCAGGAGAAAGAAAGGGAGAGGGAGAAAAAGUUGAGGAAAAAGAAUAUACGCGUGGCGUCGGCUGCUGCUGUUGUGCUGGUGUUUGCUGGGAUGGUUAUAGCGGUGGGGGCAAACACCACAGUGGCUCUGGCUCUAGGAGCUCCUGCACUCGCCCUGGGAGUGUUAUGCGGCUUAGCUGCCAUUUCCAUUUGGAAGGGCUUAAAAUGUAAAGCUAAAUCUAAUUUACCAGUAUAACCUGGCUGGACAAUAGUAACAAGGACAUGUCUAUCCAUCUGUAAGUUGUGACACUGAAUACAGUAUUAAUAUUGCACACACCACCAUACUGCGAAGUGCUAAACAGUGAAUGAUGUGUUUUGGCCUUUUCUGCAUUGUGUUUCUAAAAUGAUUCAGGUUUGACUCUUAAAUGCAGAAGUAUGUGAAGUAAACAAACGGUAUGAAACACAAAACUUGUUUUUUUUUUUUGUUGUUGUUGUUGUUUGCUUUCGUUUAACUCAUUUAUCGCUUGAAGCCAACAUAUGAAUUGAGUUAUAUAACAAAUAUUCUUUCUGAAUCCUAAUAAAUAAUGCUAGAACUUU